UUUUAAAUGGUAAACAAACUUUUCCAGAAAAGGUUUAAUUAUAAUAUUUAACUAGGAAAGGUAGACUAAGGUUGUGGAGAGAACCACUGCCAGACUAUAGGUACCAUAAUAACUCAUGUAGCAUUAAGUUCAAUAAUCUGUUAACUUUUUCUUUUUAAGAAAGCGGGAUAUGAGUAAUUUUAAUUUCUUCAGGCAGUGCAAUCCUCUAUGAAGGGGAGGCCAUGGAAAUCCAGGAGUGCUUGUCCUAUGCAGUGCAUAUGUGGGGCACUGUGUGCCAGCAUUAGGAUGAAAGCACAGUGGGAAUAGUUGUAGGAUAAAUAAAUACUGCUAUCUGACAAAAUUAUUGACUCUAGGUCAUGACGCAACAAAAGUAAAACAAAAGCCUAUAAACGAUCCUAGUUAAUCCCAGCGGUGUUGCCAUAUGGAAGAAGAAAAACCCAAUACUUUAUCUAUUGGAAUUUGUUUUAAAAUCGGCAUCCUUUAGUUUGUUACAUUGCAUAUGUCUGUAUAAAAAAUAAAAUAAAGUUCAGAAGUGAAGUGCUCCACAUGCCAGUUUCUAAUAUCCCCCAAACCCCAUGACAGCCUGGGUAAUGGAAAACCUCUCAUCAGAGCCGUUCGUUGCUUUGUGGAGAUCCCAGCUGAAUGCACAAUUAGAAGGCUGGCUCUCUCAAGUGCAAACCACAAAAAGACCUGCUAGAGCCAUUAUUACACCUCAUGCAGGAUAUACCUACUGUGGAGCAUGUGCAGCGUUUGCUUAUAAGCAAGUAGACCCUUCUAUCACUCGAAGAGUAUUUAUCCUGGGACCGUCACAUCAUGUACCCCUCUCUCGCUGUGCACUUUCCCCUGCCGAAGUCUACAGAACGCCGUUGUAUGACCUGAGAAUUGAUCAAAAGGUUUAUGCUGACCUCUGGAAAACGGGGAUGUUUGAACGCAUGACUCUGCAAACAGAUGAAGAAGAACACAGUAUUGAAAUGCAAUUGCCAUAUAUUGCUAAAGCCAUGGAAAGCCAUAAAGAUGACUUUGCAAUUGUUCCUAUCUUGGUGGGAGCUUUGAGCGAAUCCAAGGAACAGGACUAUGGAAAACUCCUCAGUAAAUACCUGGCUGAUCCUAGUAACCUCUUUGUGAUUUCCUCAGAUUUCUGUCAUUGGGGACAGCGUUUCCGCUAUACAUAUUAUGAUGAUGCCCAAGGGGAGAUCUACAGCUCUAUUGAACACCUUGAUAAAAUGGGAAUGAGUAUUAUAGAACAGCUAGAGCCUAUAUCCUUUAGUAACUACUUGAAGAAAUACCGCAACACUAUUUGUGGGCGUCAUCCAAUUGGUGUGCUGCUAAAUGCUGUUGGGGAGCUAAAGAAGAAUGGAAUAGAUAUGAAUUUUUCUUUCCUGAACUAUGCCCAGUCUAGCCAAUGCAGAAACUGGCAGGAUAGCUCUGUGAGUUAUGCAGCUGGAGCACUGAUAGUCCAUUGAGACAUCUUCAACUCAGGAAGCCAACCUUCGCCCACUGGCUCUCUCUAUCUGUCUCUCCCUCCCACGCCCAGCCCCAGCUUUUCCUUUUACAAUGAUUCAGAGAGUUCAAAAUUUUAGGGCAUCGUAUAAUGUGAUAUAUAUCUCCCCAACAUCUUUUUCUUUUUUCUUUCUGUUUCUUAGUGUAGUCUCCCAAUUGUGUUGGUGGUUAAAGGAGUAAGGCUGGUGUAAAAUUUGAACAGUAGACACUUCUGAUUUAGGACCUGGUUCCUGAGCAAAAUGUAAACCAUUUAUGUAUCUUACAUGUGUGCUCUUUGCAGAUCUUUGCACAUGUUACUCUGCUUAAAGAUUAGUUUUGCAGGAUGUAAAAGGAAAACAAAUGUGGAAGUUUAUACACAAAAACAAACAAACAUUUUUUAAAUUAUCCUGUAUUCUAUUAGGACAUAUGAAAAGCAGUAUAGGUAGUUAAUGCAAACAUUGUACAACAGGAAGCUUGUAUUGUAGUUCCUAAUAAAGGGCUACACACAAUACAAACUCCACUAUUUUGUCGUACAGUCAUACCAAAAAAAGCAAACUUUUUUUUAAGCCAACAAUUAAAAAUGAUUUCUGCCUCUUU